AUGAUUCAAACCAGCAGUAAUAUUCAGGAGUUUCCGAAUUUACUUCCUAAAAUUCUCAAGAAGCACGUCGAGAUGCUAAAGAUCGUCAAUACCUUCAAUGAAUCAUUCAAAUUUAUGUCACUGAUCCAACUUGUUAUGAGUACAAUGAUUUUCUUUACAAUGCUCUUCAGUAUUCAAAUGUAUGAGAAACAAUUUGAGAUGCACAUUGCAUUUUCUGCAGCUCUACUUCAGUUGAUAUUUGUGUGUGUUUUUGGAGAAAUACUUCGUUCAGAGAGUGAGGCGAUCUUUGAUAAUUUGUACCAAACCAAUUGGUACGAGCUAAGCGUGAAGGAGCAGAAGGUGAUCCUCAUGAUUAUGAUGAAUUCAACUAAUCCCAUUUCAAUCAAGGCUGGAGGAAUGUACGACAUAAAUCUAAUGACUUUGGUUCAGCAAUAUCAGGGCUUUACGGGGUGCCAGACUAGUGGAACAAUGGCUCUUAAAUCGCAUUAUACUGCAUCAUAA